AUGGCCGAACUCGAGUGGCCCGCUGCGCGCGUGCGCAAGACCUUCCUCGAGUACUUCGAGCAGAGGGGCCACACCAUAGUCCCCUCCUCCUCCGUCGUCCCUCACAAUGACCCCACCUUGCUCUUCACCAAUGCGGGCAUGAACCAGUUCAAGCCCAUCUUCCUCGGAACCAUUGGCAAGACCGAUCCCAUGGCCGGUCUCAAGGCCGCCGUCGACAGCCAGAAGUGCAUUCGUGCCGGUGGCAAACACAACGAUCUCGACGAUGUCGGCAAGGACAGCUACCACCACACCUUCUUCGAGAUGCUGGGCAACUGGUCCUUCGGCGACUACUUCAAGAAGGAGGCCAUUCAGAUGUCAUGGGAGCUCCUCACCAAGGUCUACGGCCUCGACCCCGACCGCCUCUACGUCACAUACUUUGAGGGCGACGCCGCCAUGGGCCUGGAGCCCGAUCUCGAGGCCAAGGAUCUGUGGCUGUCUGUUGGUGUUGCCGAGGACCACAUCCUGCCGGGCAACAUGAAGGACAACUUCUGGGAAAUGGGUGACCAGGGCCCUUGCGGUCCUUGCAGUGAGAUUCACUACGACAAGAUUGGCGGACGCAACGCCUCCAGCCUUGUCAAUAUGGACGACCCCAUGGUUGUCGAGGUGUGGAACAACGUUUUUAUGCAAUUCGAUCGCCAAAAGGACAGGAGCCUCAAGUCACUGCCUGCCAAGCACAUUGACACUGGUAUGGGCUACGAGCGACUGGUCUCUGCCCUGCAGAAUGCCAUCUCCAACUACGCCACCGACUGCUUCACCCCCCUGUUCAAGCAGAUCCAGGAGGUCACUGGCGCCCGCCCCUACACUGACAAAUACGGCAAGGACGACGUCGACGGACUUGAUACCGCCUACCGAGUCGUUGCUGACCACAUCCGAACUCUGUCCUUCUCCAUCGCUGACGGUGCCGUGCCCAACAGCGAUGGUCGAGGCUACGUUGUCCGACGAGUCCUGCGACGAGGUGUCCGAUACGCCAGGAAAUACUUCAACGCCGACAUCGGCGCCUUCUUUUCCAAGAUCCUCCCUGCCUUGGUCGACCAAAUGGGCGAGCAAUUCCCCGAGUUGGUCAAGAGCCAGCAGACUAUCAAGGAGAUUCUUGACGAGGAGGAGGUUGCUUUCGCGCAAACUCUCGAUCGCGGCGAGGCUCAGUUUGAGAAAUACGCUGCCCAGGCACUCAAGAACAACGUGAAGAAGCUUGACGGUGAUGUCGUGUGGCGAUUGUACGAUACGUUUGGCUUCCCUGUCGAUUUGACUCGAUUGAUGGCCGAGGAGCGAAAUCUUGAGAUCAACGACGACGAGGUCGAGGCCGCCAAGAACAAGGCUCGCGAGGCUAGCAAGGCCGUUAAGGAGUCAGUUCAGACCUUCUCCAAGCUCAAUGUUCACCAGAUUGCCGAGCUGGAGCAGCAGCUCCAGGUUCCCCGAACCAACGACGAUGCCAAGUUUGGCAAGGGUGACACCAAGGGCAAGGUGCAGCUAAUUUACGACGGCAAGGGCUUCCACAAGUCGACCAAGGACAUCCCCGAGAAGACUGCCCUCGGAAUCCUCCUGGACAACACCAACUUCUACGCCGAGUCCGGUGGUCAAGUGGCUGACACUGGACGGCUCGUCAUUGACGAUGUCGUCGAUUUCAAGGUUAUGGAUGUCCAGAACUUCGGUGGCUACAUCCUUCACAGCGGAUACAUCGAGUAUGGUGUGGUGUCUUCUGGUGACGAGGUCAUCUGCGAGUACGACGAGCUUCGCCGAUCGCCCAUUCGCAACAACCACUCCGGCACCCACGUCCUGAACCACUCCCUGCGAGAAGUCCUCGGCGACGAUGUUAACCAGAAGGGCUCUCUCGUGGACAACGAGAAGCUCCGAUUCGAUUUCUCGCACAAGACGGGUGUCAAGAUUGACGAACUGAAGAAGAUCGAGGACAUGUCCAACAAGUACAUCCAAGACAACGCCAAGAUCUUUGCCAAGGAGGUCGACCUAGACCUUGCGCGCCAGAUCGAUGGUUGCCGUGCUGUCUUCGGAGAGACCUACCCCAACCCUGUCCGCGUUGUCUCUAUCGGCAAGGACAUCGACACGAUGCUCGCCGACCCCAAGAACGCUGAGUGGCGCAAAUACAGUGUCGAGUUCUGCGGCGGUACUCAUGUUGAGAGCACUGGCCUCAUCAAGGAUCUCAUCAUUGUGGAGGAGAGCGGUAUCGCCAAGGGUAUUCGUCGCAUCAUCGCCUACACCGGCGAGGCGGCGCACCGCGUUCAGCGCGAAGCCAGCGAGUUCUCUACGAAGCUUGAUGCUCUAGAGAAGCUGUCUUUCGGUCCCGAGAAGGAGGCCCAGCUCAAGGCCGUUUCCGUGGAUCUCAGCCAGCUUGUCAUCUCCACACUCACCAAGGAGGAGUUCAACAAGCGCUUCCAGAAGAUCUCGGCUUCGGUCGUCGCUGAGCAGAAGAAGCGCCAGAAGGCUGAGUCCAAGACUGCUCUCGACGCCGUCCUCAAGCACUUUGAGACCAACGAGGAUUCUAAGUGGUUCGUUGGUCGUCUGCCCAUUGGUGCCAACCCCAAGGCUCUGGCCGAGGUUGUCAAGCACUUCCAGAGCAAGAACAAGGACAAGACCGUCUACAUGUUUGGCGGUAGCAAGGAGGAGGGCGCUGUGGUGCACGGUGUCUACGUCGGAACUCACCUCUCCUCUCAGGGUGUCACCGCCGAGCACUGGGCUGCCUCCGUGUCCGAGGUCAUCGGCGGUCGCUCAGGCGGCAAGGAGCCCUCGCGACAGGGCCAGGGCACCAAGCCCGAGAACAUCGAUGACGGUGUCGAGACUGCGACAAAGUGGCUCAGCGAGAAGCUGAAGCUAUAG